AUGGGCGAUUCGUGGAAAGCUACUCCACAAACAUCUCACCAAGGCGGUAUUGUCCUCAGCGCUAUUGUCGUCACUUUUGAAAGUGUCAAGCUCGUCAAUAUGGCAAACCGGAGGCAAACAAGGAACCAGAUAAGGGGCCCGCACUCUGCCCUUACGGACUUUUUGGCUUCCAACAACAUCUCUGCUGCUCAAAUCCAUGACGACCAUCAACGUAGACUGAGAGAGGCGGAGCUCCAAGCGAAUGAGGAGCAGCAAGAAAAUGCUGAGCAAGGAAAUGCAGCCGACAACGACGAGUAUGAAGACAAUGUCGGAGAGAGUCCCGAGGAAAAGAAGAAGCGCAAGCGAAAGGAGGCAGCUACACUCGCGAAAAUCAAGCAGAGCAAGGAGUUUGCGCGUCGAAAGGCCCGCCGUAUUGGCGAACCUGAUGACGAUGAUGAUUUCAUUGCGCGGGAGAUGAUGGAGGAACGCUCCCGGCCUCUGCCUGGCCAGCUGGACAAUUGCGAGAUUUGCAGCAAGCGCUUCACAGUCACUCCUUACAGCAAAACGGGGCCGAAUGGCGGUCUUCUUUGCGCAAAAUGUGGCAAGGAGCUCGGUGACAAGGAGAAAAGGUCACAGCCUAAGAAAAGGGGACCGCGAACCGCGCGCCGGCAGAACCAAAGUGACCUUCUUGAUGGAAUCGCUCAGGAGGGCGCUCUCAGUCUGGUGGAAAUGUGUACAAAGUUGCGGAUAAUAUCAAUGAUAUUGACGAGUUUGGGGACUUGCCGUGGCAACUCCUGCGCCGGUUGA